AUGCCAUCUGAAUUAGAUUUAUGGAGACAAGAAAAUGCCAGUUUUGAGCAAAAUCAGACUACUAAUGAUACUCUAGAGUCUUCAUUAUCUACAGAAUUAUUAGUAACUCCACCACUGCCUGUUCACCAUCUAUUAAAAAUAUCUACCCCUUCGCCAGUUAAUCAUAAAAUAUCUUAUAGCCAGAAAAUAGAGCAAGGUAUAAUUCAAGAAGUAGUCCUGUUUAUUCAAAAAGAAAAAUUGCUCACCUUAUCAACUAAUAUUCCCGGAACUCAAGAUAGCAAUAUAGAAGUAAAUGAUGAUGGAGAUGGACGAACACAUAUUUGA